GAAGUCAACUUGUUAUUGCCGACACCCUCAGCCGAGCUUUUCUUGAUGUUCCUGACGCGCAGGUGAGAGUCAUGAAAGUAAACGCUUUGAAAGGAGUGCCAGAUGAGCGAAUCCGGGAGGUAUAAGCAGCUACCGCACAGGACCAAUGUAUGCAGUCCCUGUUGAGCACUAUAAAAGAUGGUUGGCCAGAAAGCAAGAAGGACGUACAAAAUGAUCUGAGGCCAUAUUUUGAUGUGCGAGACACAUUGAGCCAUCAAAAUGGAAUUAUCCUAAAGGGAGAAAGAAUAGUUAUCCCAGCAUCGCUCCGUGAUACCACAAAGAAACGAUUGCACUCUGCACAUUUGGAGUACGAUAGUAUGAUGAGACGAGCUGGAGACACCAUAUUUUGGCCCGGAAUGGCAAAAGAAGUACGACAGCUAGCAGAUAACUGGGAGGCUUGCCAGCAAUACAAACCACAAAACCAGAAAGAGCCAUUAAAACAGUAUGAGAAAGGACAAGUACCUUGGAAUAAGGUUGGAAUUGACCUUUUCGAGAUCAAAGGAAGAGAUUAUCUAGCCACGGUUGACUAUUUCUCGGGUUUCAUAGAAGUUGACCACCUAAGCACUGCCACAAGUAAACAGAUAAUCACCAAACUCAAAGGACAUUUUGCAAGAUAUGGCAUACCAAGUGAAAUGGUAACUGAUCGUGGUUCACAAUUUAUUUCCUCCGAGUUCAAGACCUUCACCAAACACUGGGGAAUUAAGCAUGUAACAUCGUCACCCCUCCAUCACCAAUCGAAUGGAAAAGCGGAAGCUGCGGUUAAAACUAUAAAGCUAAUGAUGAAGAAGUCACUGCGGGACAACACUGAUCAAUAUGAGGCUUUACUUGAACUGAGAAACACGCCACGCCAUGGUACUGGACAAAGUCCAGCUAAAAUGAUGUUUGGUCGAGCAACACAAUCAUUCCUACCAGCCAUAUCGAACACAAAAUCAGAACGGGCGAGAAAUGCAACACAGAAGAGAGCCAGACACCGCCUUCUGGUUAAGCAAAGUUAUGACAAAGGCGCUCGAGACCUGAAACAACUGUCACCUGGUCAGCCGGUGUACUACCAACACACAGAAGGAAAGAAGUAUGACUGGAGAAGAGGAAAAGUACGUGCCAAACAUAGUGAACGAUCGUAUAUCAUUGAAGGAAAGAAUGGUGUAUAUAGAAGAAACCGAGUUCAUAUACGCCCCACGACAAGUGAAGUCAACAAAGAUAACAGUAAAGACAACAAGGGUGAAGCAGAG